CAGCGGGAGGAGGAGGAGGAGACGGCGGCUAGCGAGGAGCCAGCGCUGGGUCCUGCAGUAGGACUCCCAGGAGCCACCAUCAUGGUGAAGAGGAAGAGCUCCGAGGGCCAGGAGCAGGACAGCGGCCGCGGCAUCCCCCUGCCCAUCCAGACCUUCCUGUGGCGGCAAACCAGUGCAUUUUUGAGGCCUAAACUGGGGAAACAAUAUGAAGCCUCAUGUGUGUCCUUUGAACGAGUGUUGGUAGAAAACAAACUGCAUGGCCUUUCUCCAGCCCUCUCUGAAGCCAUCCAGAGCAUUUCGAGAUGGGAGCUGGUGCAAGCUGCUUUGCCUCACGUCCUCCACUGCACUGCAACCCUGCUUUCCAACAGGAACAAGUUAGGCCACCAGGACAAACUGGGUGUUGCUGAGACGAAGCUCCUUCACACCCUGCACUGGAUGCUCCUGGAGGCCCCCCAGGACUGCAACAGCGAGCGGUUUGGGGGCACAGACCGUGGUUCCAGCUGGGGUGGCAGCAGCAGUGCUUUCAUCCACCAGGUAGAAAAUCAGGGUUCCCCGAGGCAGCCUUGCCAAAGCAGCUCCAAUGAUGAAGAAGAGAAUAGCCGAAGGAAGAUCUUCCAGAACUCCAUGGCUACUGUGGAGCUCUUUGUGUUUCUGUUUGCUCCUCUGGUUCACAGAAUCAAGGAAUCAGACCUUACGUUCCGACUGGCCAGCGGGCUUGUUAUAUGGCAGCCCAUGUGGGAGCACAGACAGCCGGAAGUCUCUGGCUUCACAGCACUGGUGAAGCCCAUCAGGAACAUCAUUACAGCUAAGAGAAGCUCUCCUAUCAACAGUCAAAGUCAAACCUGUGAAUCCCCAAAUCAAGACACAAGCCAUCAGGAGGGACUCCAGGUGGUCUGUGAAACAUUCCAGUCAGAUCCCAUCUCACCCAAGGCCACCAUGCCAGGCUGCCACCGUGGAAACUCCUUUGAUGGAAGUCUGUCCUCCCAAGCUUCCCAGGAAAGAGGCCCAUCACAUUCCAGAGCCUCUCUCGUGAUACCUCCGUGCCAAAGGUCCCGCUACGCCACCUACUUUGACGUUGCUGUUCUUCGCUGCCUGCUUCAGCCUCACUGGUCUGAGGAAGGUACUCAGUGGUCUCUGAUGUACUAUCUACAAAGGCUGCGGCACAUGUUGGAAGAGAAGCCAGAAAAGCCCCCAGAGCCAGAUAUUCCUCUCCUGCCCAGACCCAGGAGCAGCUCGAUGGUAGCCGCAACCCCCUCGCUGGUGAACACCCACAAAACCCAAGAUCUCACCAUGAAGUGUAACGAAGAGGAAAAAUCUCUUAGCCCAGAGGCAUUUUCUAAGGUUUCAUUGACAAAUUUACGUAGGUCUGCAGUUCCAGACCUUUCUUCAGACCUUGGCAUGAACAUUUUUAAAAAGUUCAAGAGCCGCAAGGAAGACCGGGAGAGGAAAGGCUCCAUCCCAUUCCACCACACAGGGAAGAGGAGGCCACGAAGAAUGGGAGUGCCGUUCCUGCUUCACGAGGACCACCUGGAUGUGUCCCCCACCCGAAGCGCAUUCUCUUUCGGGAGUUUUUCUGGGCUUGGAGAAGACAGGCGAGGCAUUGAAAAAGGAGGCUGGCAAACCACCAUUUUAGGGAAAUUUACCCGGCGGGGCAGUUCGGACGCAGCCACGGAGAUGGAGAGCCUGAGCGCCAGGCACUCACACUCCCAUCACACCCUGGUGAGUGACCUGCCAGACCACUCCAACAGCCACGGAGAAAACACUGUCAAGGAAGUGCGAUCCCAGAUCUCCACUAUUACAGUUGCAACCUUCAAUACCACGUUGGCAUCAUUCAACGUGGGCUACGCAGACUUUUUCAGCGAGCAUAUGAGGAAGCUCUGCAACCAGGUGCCCAUCCCAGAGAUGCCACAUGAACCCCUGGCAUGUGCAAACCUGCCUCGAAGCCUCACAGACUCCUGCAUAAACUACAGCUACUUAGAGGACACGGACCAUAUUGAUGGCACCAAUAACUUUGUCCACAAGAAUGGCAUGCUUGAUCUUUCUGUGGUUCUGAAGGCUGUUUAUCUUGUCCUUAACCAUGACAUCACUUCUCGUAUCUGUGAUGUGGCACUAAACAUUGUGGAAUGCUUGCUUCAACUUGGUGUGGUGCCUUGUGUAGAAAAGAAUAGAAAGAAGAGUGAAAACAAGGAAAAUGAGACCAUGGAAAAAAGAGCAAGUGAGGGAACCUUCCAAUUCAAAGGAGUAUCUGGAAGUUCACCCUGUGGAUUCGGGGGCCCUUCGGUUAGUGGAGCUGGAGAUGGUGGAGGAGAAGAAGGAGGAGGUGGAGGUGGAGGAGGUGAUGGAGGUGAUGGAGGAGGAGGUGGAGGAGGUGGAGGUGGACCUUAUGAGAAGAAUGAUAAGAACCAAGAGAAGGAUGAAAGUACACCUGUAAGCAACCAUAGGCUUGCUCUGACCAUGCUCAUCAAAAUAGUGAAGUCUUUGGGAUGUGCCUAUGGUUGCGGAGAAGGACAUCGAGGGCUCUCUGGAGAUCGUCUGAGACACCAGGUAUUCCGAGAGAAUGCCCAGAACUGCCUCACUAAGCUAUACAAGCUAGAUAAGAUGCAAUUCCGACAGACCAUGAGGGACUAUGUGAACAAGGACUCUCUCAAUAAUGUAGUGGACUUCUUGCAUGCUUUGCUAGGAUUUUGUAUGGAGCCAGUCACUGACAACAAGGCUGGUUUCGGAAACAACUUCACCACAGUGGACAACAAAUCCACAGCCCAAAACGUGGAAGGUAUCAUCGUCAGCGCCAUGUUUAAAUCUCUUAUCACCCGUUGUGCUUCAACUACGCAUGAAUUGCACAGCCCUGAGAAUCUGGGGCUGUAUUGUGACAUCCGUCAGCUUGUCCAAUUUAUCAAAGAGGCUCAUGGGAAUGUCUUCAGGAGAGUGGCCCUCAGUGCUUUGCUUGACAGUGCUGAGAAGUUGGCACCAGGCAAAAAGCUGGAGGAGAAUGAAUCCGAAUCUAAGACUGCAGGCAGUAAAAGGUCAGAGGCGGGAAGCAUUGUGGAGAAAGGCCAGGUGUCCUCUGCACCUGAGGAAUGUCGCAGCUUCAUGUCUGGUCGCCCCUCACAGACUCCAGAGCACGAUGAACAAAUGCAAGGGGGCAACCUGGGGCGGAAAGAUUUCUGGCGCAAGAUGUUCAAAUCCCAGAGUGCAGCAAGUGACACCAGCAGCCAGUCUGAGCAGGAUACUUCAGAAUGCACCACUGCCCAUUCAGGGACCACCUCUGACCGCCGCGCCCGCUCCCGGUCCCGCAGAAUUUCCCUCCGGAAGAAGCUUAAACUCCCCAUAGGUAAAAGAAACUGGCUGAAACGGUCCUCCCUCUCGGGCCUGGCAGAUGGCGUAGAGGACCUUCUGGAUAUCAGUUCCGUGGACCGCCUGUCUUUCAUCAGGCAAAGCUCCAAGGUCAAAUUUACCAGUGCCGUGAAACUUUCUGAAGGUGGGCCAGGGAGUGGAAUGGAAAAUGGAAGAGAUGAAGAGGAGAAUUUCUUCAAACGUCUUGGUUGCCACAGUUUCGAUGACCAUCUGUCUCCCAACCAAGAUGGUGGAAAAAGCAAAAAUGUGGUGAAUCUUGGAGCAAUCCGACAAGGCAUGAAGCGCUUUCAAUUUCUGUUAAACUGCUGUGAGCCAGGGACAAUUCCUGAUGCUUCCAUCCUGGCAGCUGCAUUGGAUCUUGAAGCUCCUGUGGUAGCCAGAGCAGCUCUGUUCCUGGAAUGUGCCCGUUUUGUUCAUCGCUGCAACCGUGGCAACUGGCCAGAGUGGAUGAAAGGGCAUCACGUGAAUAUCACCAAGAAAGGCCUCUCCAGGGGACGCUCUCCCAUUGUGGGCAACAAACGGAACCAGAAGCUACAGUGGAAUGCUGCCAAGCUCUUCUACCAAUGGGGAGACGCAAUUGGUGUCCGGUUGAAUGAGCUGUGCCAUGGAGAAAGUGAGAGCCCUGCCAAUCUGCUGGGUCUCAUUUAUGAUGAGGAAACCAAGAGGAGACUGAGAAAGGAGGAUGAGGAGGAAGACUUUUUAGAUGACAGUACUGUGAACCCCUCUAAAUGUGGCUGCCCCUUUGCCUUGAAGAUGGCGGCGUGCCAACUUCUCCUGGAGAUUACCACCUUCCUGCGAGAAACCUUUUCUUGCCUGCCCAGACCACGCACAGAGCCUCUGGUGGACCUGGAGAGCUGCAGACUUCGUUUGGAUCCCGAGUUGGACCGGCACAGAUAUGAGAGGAAGAUCAGCUUUGCUGGGGUCCUGGAUGAAAACGAAGACUCAAAAGAUUCCCUCCACAGUAGUAGCCACACCCUCAAAUCAGAUGCAGGUGCCGAGGAGAAGAAAGAAGGGAGUCCUUGGAGUGCAAGUGAGCCCAGCAUUGAGCCAGAGGGUAUGAGCACUGCUGGCACAGAGGAAAAUUACCACAGGAGCAUGUCAUGGCUUCACGUCAUGAUCUUGCUGUGCAAUCAGCAAAGCUUCAUCUGCACCCACGUUGACUACUGCCACCCUCACUGCUACCUGCACCACAGCCGCUCCUGUGCCCGGCUGGUCAGGGCCAUCAAGCUGCUCUAUGGAGACACCGUAGACUCUCUCCGGGAGAGCCACAACAUCGGCAAUGUGGCUCUGCGGGGCAAGAAGCAGAAAGAGUGCUCAGAGAAAUCAUGCCUGAGGACGCCUUCCCUAAAGAAGAGGGUUUCUGAUGCCAAUCUGGAAGGGAAAAAGGACUCUGGAAUGCUGAAAUACAUCAGACUGCAGGUGAUGAGCCUGUCGCCUGCUCCUUUGUCUCUGCUGAUCAAGGCAGCACCAAUCCUGACGGAAGAGAUGUACGGAGACAUCCAGCCGGCCGCCUGGGAGCUCCUGCUCAGCGUGGACGAGCACAUGGCCGGGGCGGCAGCUGCCAUGUUCCUGCUGUGUGCGGUGAAAGUCCCUGAGGCUGUGUCUGACAUGUUAAUGUCAGAAUUCCACCAUCCAGAGACUGUGCAGAGGCUGAAUGCUGUUCUCAAGUUCCACACACUCUGGAGGUUUCGCUACCAGGUCUGGCCCCGGAUGGAGGAAGGGGCACAGCAGAUUUUUAAGAUCCCUCCUCCUAGUAUAAACUUCACCCUGCCCUCGCCGGUGCUUGGAAUGCCAUCCGUCCCAAUGUUUGACCCCCCAUGGGUCCCUCAGUGCAGUGGGAGUGUCCAGGACCCCAUUAAUGAAGACCAGUCUAAAUCCUUUUCAGCCCGGGCUGUGUCCCGCUCACAUCAGAGAGCAGAACACAUCUUAAAGAACUUACAACAGGAGGAAGAGAAGAAACGUCUUGGUAGAGAAGCGAGCCUCAUCACUGCCAUCCCCAUCACCCAGGAGGCUUGCUAUGAACCCACCUGCACACCCAACUCAGAGCCAGAAGAAGAAGUAGAAGAAGUCACCAAUCUGGCAUCCCGUCGACUGUCUGUGAGUCCGUCCUGUACCUCCAGCACUUCCCACAGGAAUUACUCCUUCCGCCGAGGGUCAGUCUGGUCUGUGCGUUCAGCUGUCAGCGCCGAAGAUGAGGAGCACACCACUGAACACACACCAAACCACCAUGUGCCUCAACCCCCACAAGCAGUGUUCCCAGCAUGCAUCUGUGCAGCCGUGCUGCCCAUCGUUCAUCUAAUGGAGGAUGGUGAGGUGCGGGAAGAUGGUGUAGCAGUGAGUGCUGUGGCCCAACAAGUCUUAUGGAAUUGUCUAAUUGAAGAUCCAUCAACAGUUCUUCGACAUUUUCUGGAAAAACUGACCAUCAGCAAUAGACAAGAUGAGUUAAUGUACAUGCUGCGCAAACUUCUCUUAAAUAUUGGAGACUUUCCUGCUCAGACAUCUCACAUCCUAUUCAACUACUUGGUGGGAUUAAUCAUGUACUUUGUGCGGACCCCCUGCGAGUGGGGGAUGGAUGCCAUUUCAGCCACUCUGACUUUCCUGUGGGAGGUGGUCGGUUACGUGGAGGGCCUCUUCUUCAAGGAUCUAAAGCAGACCAUGAAGAAGGAGCAGUGUGAGGUAAAGCUCCUGGUGACCGCUUCCAUGCCAGGUACCAAAACCUUGGUAGUUCAUGGACAGAAUGAGUGUGAUAUCCCAACCCAGUUACCAGUCCAUGAAGACACUCAGUUUGAGGCCCUGCUAAAGGAGUGCCUGGAGUUUUUUAAUAUCCCAGAAUCUCAGUCAACACAUUACUUUCUCAUGGAUAAACGGUGGAAUCUUAUCCACUACAAUAAGGUGUUCACUCGGAAGCUGGAGGAAGUCGGGCGGGUUUUGUUUCUCAUCUCCCUGACCCAGAAGAUCCCCACAGCCCACAAGCAGUCUCAUGUCUCCAUGCUCCAGGAAGACCUCCUCCGACUACCUUCAUUCCCCCGAAGUGCUAUUGACGCUGAAUUUUCACUCUUCAGUGAUCCACAAGCUGGGAAGGAGCUGUUUGGCCUCGACACUCUUCAGAAAAGCUUGUGGAUCCAGCUCCUGGAGGAGAUGUUCCUGGGCAUGCCGAGCGAGUUUCCCUGGGGAGAUGAAAUCAUGCUCUUCCUCAACGUUUUUAACGGGGCUCUGAUCCUCCACCCAGAAGACAGCGCCCUGCUCAGGCAAUAUGCUGCCACCGUCAUCAACAGCGCGGUGCACUUCAAUCACCUUUUCUCUCUCAGUGGCUACCAGUGGAUUCUGCCCACCAUGCUGCAGGUAUAUUCUGAUUAUGAAAGUAAUCCCCAGUUGCGUCAAGCCAUUGAAUUUGCCUGCCACCAGUUCUACAUCCUACACCGGAAGCCUUUUGUGCUCCAACUGUUUGCUAGUGUGGCCCCUCUCCUGGAGUUCCCUGAUGCUGCCAAUAAUGGGCCCAGCAAAGGUGUGUCAGCUCAGUGCCUGUUCGACCUGCUGCAGUCCCUGGAGGGAGAGACCACUGACAUAUUAGACAUCCUAGAGCUGGUCAAAGCUGAGAAGCCUCUUAAGUCAUUAGAUUUCUGCUAUGGAAACGAUCUUCAGAUGCUGAUGGUCUUGGAAGCCCUAGUCCCCUGCUACCUACAAAAGCUAAAGAGGCAGACGUCGCAGGUGGAGACGGUGCCUGCUGCCCGGGAAGAGAUCGCCGCCACCGCCGCCCUCGCGACGUCCCUGCAGGCCCUCUUGUACAGCGUCGAGGUCCUCACCAGGCCUAUGACAGCCCCCCAGAUGAGCAGGUGUGACCAAGGUCAUAAAGGAACCACCACAGCCAAUCACACCAUGUCAUCCGGGGUGAACACCAGGUACCAGGAACAAGGCGCCAAACUGCACUUUAUCAGGGAAAAUCUUCACUUACUGGAGGAAGGGCAAGGCCUUCCUAGGGAGGAACUGGAUGAGCGAAUCGCUCGGGAGGAGUUUAGAAGACCUCGGGAGUCCCUGCUGAAUAUUUGUACCGAAUUUUACAAGCACUGUGGGCCAAGGCUGAAGAUCUUGCAAAACCUGGCCGGGGAGCCACGGGUUACUGCCCUGGAGCUGCUGGAUGUGAAGUCACACAUGAGGUUGGCAGAAAUUGCACACUCCCUUCUGAAGCUGGCACCGUACGACACCCAGACCAUGGAGAGCCGUGGGCUUCGGCGCUACAUCAUGGAGAUGCUACCCAUUACCGACUGGACGGCUGAGGCAGUGAGGCCCGCCCUUAUCCUCAUUUUGAAGAGACUGGAUAGAAUGUUCAACAAAAUUCAUAAGAUGCCUACUUUGAGGCGACAGGUUGAGUGGGAGCCUGCCAGCAAUUUGAUUGAAGGGGUUUGUUUGACACUUCAGAGGCAGCCAAUCAUAUCCUUCCUGCCUCACCUUAGGUCACUGAUCAAUGUCUGUGUCAAUCUGGUGAUGGGAGUGGUAGGACCUUCCAGUGUUGCUGAUGGAUUGCCCCUUCUUCAUCUCAGCCCUUAUCUCUCACCACCUCUGCCCUUCAGCACAGCUGUUGUCCGGCUUGUAGCAUUGCAGAUACAGGCUUUAAAAGAAGAUUUUCCUUUAAGCCAUGUGAUCUCCCCAUUCACCAAUCAAGAGCGAAGGGAGGGGAUGCUUUUAAAUCUACUCAUCCCAUUUGUGCUCACAGUAGGAUCUGGAAGCAAAGACAGCCCGUGGCUGGAACAGCCUGAGGUGCAGCUUCUCCUGCAGACGGUCAUUAACGUGCUCCUGCCACCGCGCAUCAUCAGCACGUCCAGGAGCAAGAACUUCAUGCUGGAGAGCUCCCCCGCCCACUGCUCCACCCCCGGGGAUGCCGGCAAAGACCUGCGCAGGGAAGGGCUGGCCGAGUCCACCAGCCAAGCCGCGUACUUGGCGCUGAAGGUGAUUCUCGUCUGCUUUGAGAGGCAGCUGGGCAGCCAGUGGUACUGGCUGAGCCUGCAGGUGAAGGAGAUGGCUCUGCGGAAGGUGGGAGGCCUGGCCCUGUGGGACUUCCUGGACUUCAUCGUGCGGACCCGAAUCCCCAUCUUCGUGCUCUUGCGCCCUUUCAUCCAGUGCAAGCUUCUGGCCCAACCAGCAGAGAAUCAUGAAGAGCUUUCUGCCCGGCAGCAUAUCGCUGACCAGCUGGAGAGACGCUUCAUCCCACGCCCUCUGUGUAAGAGCUCCCUCAUUGCGGAGUUCAACAGCGAACUAAAAAUCCUAAAAGAGGCAGUUCACAGUGGCUCAGCCUACCAAGGGAAGACGUCCAUCAGUACUGUGGGCACCUCCACCUCUGCCUACCGCCUGAGCCUGGCCACCAUGUCCCGCUCCAACACGGGCACUGGCACGGUCUGGGAGCAGGACAGUGAGCCCUCCCAGCAGGCUUCGCAGGACACCCUGAGCAGGACUGAUGAGGAAGAUGAGGAAAAUGACUCUGUCAGCAUGCCCAGUGUGGUAAGUGAACAGGAAGCUGCCCUCUUGAGUGCGAUCGGAAGGAGGAGGUUCUCCAGUCACGUCUCUAGCAUGUCUGCACCUCAGGCCGAGGUGGGCAUGUUACCCAGCCAAAGUGAACCUAAUGUCCUCGAUGACUCCCAGGGCCUGGCCGCCGAGGGCAGCCUCUCUAGGGUGGCAAGUGUACAGAGUGAGCCUGGCCAACAGAACCUCCUCAUUCAGCAGCCACUGGGGAGGAAGAGGGGCCUGAGGCAGCUAAGACGUCCUCUACUAUCACGUCAGAAGACGCAGACUGAACCCAAAAACCGCCAUGGGGCUCGGCUGUCAACCACUCGCAGGAGCAUUCAACCUAAAACGAAGCCAUCUGCGGAUCAGAAACGUUCUGUGACCUUCAUUGAGACUCAGCCAGAGCCAGCAGCUGCCCCGACAGAAACACUUCCGGCUACAGGCCAGCCACAAGGCUGCAGCCCAGCGCCAUCAAGGAAACCAGAAGGAAUGGACAGACCAGUCCUCACGUCUUCCCCUGCCAUUGUCGUUGCUGAUCUCCACAGCUUGUCUCCCAAGCAGGGUGAGACCCUCCCUGCGGAUGAAGGAGAAAAGAAGGGCAUGGAAGUGCAAGGUGCUACGGCACACAGCCCCCUCUCGACGCAACUCUCAGACCCUGAUGAGUUCACAGGCCUUGAGACAUCCGUCCUCCUGCAGCAUGGGGACACUGUCCUUCACAUCAAUGAGGAAAAUGGCAUGGAGAACCCCCUGCUGUCCAGCCAGUUCACUUUUACGCCCACUGAGCUGCGGCAGACUGAUGUAGACCUAGACGAGUCUCAUGUUUAACUCUGUAUCUUGUAAGAGAGACAGGUGUAGAGGAGAGUGGGAGGGGUCACUUUGCUAACAGGUGAAUACUUUUGCUUGGAAAAGAUGAAAACACAGCACUUUACAUCCAACGGGUGACACAAAUCUCAGUAGAUUUUGCUGCUAAUGCGCACAUUGUUUCAUAAACAUCUUUUAAAAAAAUCAAUGGCUAAGAUAAUUUGUUUGUGUGAAGACCAUAAAAACCAGGGAAGAAUAAGAGGAAAGAGCCAUUUCACUGCACAUUGUUUAUGAUUCAAAAAGCCUUGAGCAGUUAAAAAUAUAUACUAUUAUGGAGCUGCUUACCUAGGAAUAUUAACAAAUAAUAUGUUCUAAAAAGAAUGAGUUUUUGAAAUUACUCAUACAUCUCAUGCAAAUGUUUAUUUUUAUAGUUUCAAAAAUAUUAAAUCAGGUGGCUGUGUGCAUAGCAAUUUACAUAAAAUAAUCAGUAAGGAAAAUAUUAGUUAGAGGAGACUAAAUAAUAAAUAAGCCUGCGGCCAUUUUUGCUUUGACCAACAAUACAGCCAUUUACAAGAAGAAAAUAACUAUUUUUAAAGCUGUGGAUUUUUCAAUAUUUAUUUUUCAACCGUCAUUUACCUUGCAUGUUGUAAAUCAAAAUGCUAAUGCCCUAAGACCAUUCCAUUUCAUAACCACGUUAGAGAGAAAAUAUUCUAAAAAUUAUCACAUAAUUUUGAAUUAAGAACCUAAAUAGCCUAUACUAUAAUGAAAACUAUGUGUAAAUACACUAGCUAGAAAGGGAUGGUAUUUCUACUUCUAGCCAUGACCACAUCAACGUCAAGAUUAGGAGAUAUUGGAAAAUGUGAUUACUUUGCAAUAUCCUGUGCCUGCCCUCGAGGGUAUAUUUUUAGAUAUUAAGAUUAUUGUUGUUAGAAUUGGUUCGGCAAAAUAACUUUUUCUCAGUGUUAACAAUAUUCUUAUGAUCCUAUAGACAUCCAUGUUUAUGAGGGAAAAUUAUAAAGUGAGAAAUCUCUUUAGAGGCACAGAUUGUGUACUUUACUUUAACCUGAAGUUCAGGUAUUUCAAAAAGAGCAUAAAACUUAGAAAACCCGUGAGCCCAUAUCCAGUAUGUUACUGAUCAUGUAAUAGGGCUUGGCAUUGUAUACUUCAAAACUAAAUUUCAAAAUUUUAACAGUUUACAUUAGAAAACUGUUACAUAACUACUAAGCAUAUAAAAACUAAUAUAUGUAUGUAAAUUGGUGUGUGUGUGCGCGCGCGUGCACGUCUUCUAGUCCUCCAACUGAAGUUAUAGGUUUUAAUCCUAUUGCAGUGAAUUGAAAACACAGUCUGUGUGCUUAAACUUUUAACUUGGUUGACUAUGAAAGGUAUGUUUUUAAAAGAAGAGAUCUAAACUCACCCAAAUCACAGAGGAAGAUUUUUUUUUCUGUUAAAAUUGCUUAUUAAAUAGGCAUUGCUUAUGUUGUGAUUUAUACUUUCAAAUAUAAUUUGGGGUUUUGUGUCCCAUUUCCUAAGAGAAUGAAAGAUAUACAUGAGUUAAAGAUAAUGGACAAAAUGAAAACUUUCACAUCUAAAACUUGAGAAAACAGAGGUGGCGAAUGGCCACUUCAAGGUUUUACAAAAUUUUCAGAACAUUUACUUAAUGCUGAAUUAAUUCUCAAGUGCAGAAAUAUACGUAUAAGAUGCUUUUAUGAUUCUUUCUAAGCUGAUGUAUUUUGUCUGUUAAAAAUUAUGCUGCUCAAUUAGUGUUAGAGGCCUUACGUUUGGUAAUUACAAGUGUCUGGGCUGUUUGAGUCUCUAGAUAUGUGUGCCCUUUGUUCCAGAUUUUUGGUUCUUGAUUCAAAUUCUCUAUGUAUAAUAGUAUCAAAUAUUUAAAACGUAAAGGAGUCAAAGAAGACUGUUGAAUAUUUGAGAAGAACUCUGAAUACCUUUACAUAUAUUUAAAAAGUAUUGGGGUGUUUUGAACAUGAUUAGGCUGGCAUGUCUGCCUUUCAGUCUGACUCCUUCAUUCUAGUGUUACGGAAGUCUGUUGGAAACUUUUAAAAUAAGCUAAGUAUUGUUGUACCUUGCAAAAAAGCCACCACUCUGAGAAACCGGGCCUUAGAGAGUGGGAAUGUUUUUGGACUGGGACUUCUGAGGGUUUGCAGAUGUGUGCAUCUGUUCCGUUUAAGGUGCCCUUAAAUGUGUUGAAUGUAAUGUGUUGAAUGUUUUUGUGUAAUUGAUAAAGUAUUUAUAUGUAUGUGCAUAAGAUUGUCACAAGAUGUAUUCUCAGGAGUACUGUUACCUGGAGUUUGAAAGAAUAACUAUUUUAAAAAGACAGUUGGGGAAGAUCAGAAAAAAGUUCAAGAUACUUAACAAUUUUUUGUAAUGUUCAAAACAUUAUUGAGUAUAUGACUAAAAAUUAUUAUAUAUGGUAAAUACAGAUAGGUAAUACUAGAUUAUUUCUUAAGCUAUGAUGCUUAAUGAUAUUCAUCUUGUUUAAAAGAAAAUCAAAACAGGCAUCUACUUCCCAUGUGUUAAACAUUGGACUCAACCAAGAGGUUGCUUCUUCUGCAAUUAACUUUGGAGAGACCUUGGAAUAAAUAUGUAGCAUCCAUGACAGUGGGUGUAGAAUUAUACCACUCAGAUUCAAUUAAAGCAGUUCAAAUCCUGGAUACAGCAUUUCCUAUAGCAAAACAUUUUACUUUCAUUUUUCAGUAUUUGCUGCUUUUUAUAAUUCUAUUAACAUAAGUUAUUUGAUUUUUCCGAAAAGGAAACUGAGUUCAUUGAAUGCAUUGGGACAAGUCACUGAGAACCAUAGUGGCAAAAGGCAUAAAAGGGCAGGACAAUGAAAAAAUGAUGUGAUGUUUGGGGAGGUCUGGUUAGGGCCUGUUGCACAGGCUGGGAGUAACUGGCUUGCUAUUUCAAGCCUGCAAGAGAAUGUUAGGCGGGGUGACAUCUUCCUUCAUUAGUACAUGUCCUUUUGGUCAAUGAAGAACGUUCUUCACUCUGCUGUCUAGCUCUCAGACUAUGUAAGAUGAAAAUAGGGACCAACAGGAAAAAAGAUCUUAAGUGGAGUUACAGUCCAAAAUGCAAACUAAAUACCCUUCCUCAAGUUAUACAGGAUACUUUAUUAAGCCUCUGGAAUUUGCUGCUAUCACACUGAGUCAUACUGUCGCCCUGUGACCUCACACUUCAAUUCCAUGGCCUUGUCUUGGCAGUGAGUAGUAAGUCCCACUUCCUCGCUUACUUUAGUGGGUCUCAACUGCAGCAUUUCAGAAACAAAGUUUGGUUUGACACUCAGGACAAUAAAAACAAGGGCAGAAUGUAUUUGGAAAAGCUGAAGACAACUUUACUUCUAUUAUUUCAGGAUCAUUUAGCAUUACAGAUCAAUGUACCUCCAUAAUAUUUUUCAAUAGUCACUGUGACUGCAGGAUGAAAAUCCUUAUUAGCCAUUUUAUAGGUAAAAACAAAAGAUUGAUUACACAGCCAACUUCCCUCAGAUGACUAUGAAGUCUGUUAUGAAUACUGAAUGACCAAAGAGCAUGGAAAAAAUGCAUAUGAAUAAAUACUGAAACAUUUAUGAAAGAUAUUUAUGAAAGAUAUUAAGACCUCUGUGUUUGAAUAUGCACAUAUAAUAAAAUAAAGCUAAAACCAUUUAAGAUGCCUGA